UCUAGAUACACUUAAUCUCAAAAUGUACGGACAUCAACGCAAAUGGACACAGACACACAAACGUGGACUUGUUUGAAACAACGAGUUUCUCGAGACGACUCCUCCCCCCAUUCAUCGAAUGCGACCUUUUAGCAAUUUGUUUCCUCCACAACAGUGAGUUCUAACCAACCAACCAACUAACCAACAACUCUGCAUUUGCCUUUUUUAUUUCUCUUCUCUGCAUCUCUGAAUCUCUCUCUCUCUCUCUCUCUCUCAAGAAACAACAAUGACAGAAACACAAACCGACAUUGUUGAUCAACAAGAAGAAGAAACAAGAACAACGACUCAGCCAUUGAUCCCAGGUUUACCCAACGAGAUCGCUGAGCUUUGUCUCCUUCGUCUCCCUUACCCAUACCACGCUCUCUUCCGCUCCGUUUCAUCUUCUUGGAACACAACAAUCACCAGCCCAAGCUUCCUCCACUCCAAGCAAUCUCUCUCCAUCUCUUCUCCUUACCUCUUCGUCUUCUCCUUCAACAAAUCAACGGCCAAGAUCCAAUGGCAGUCCCUCGAUCUUUCAUCCGGCCGUUGGUUCGUUUUACCUCCGAUGCCCACCUCUUUCGCCAAGAUCUCGUCUCCCCACGCGCUCUCCUGCGCGUCGAUCCCACGCCAAGGAAAGCUUCUCGUCCUCGGCGGCGGCGAAUCCUCCCGCUCCGCCGUCGUCUACACCGCCUUGACGAACCGAUGGUCGCUCGCGUCUCCGAUGCUGAGUCCGAGAACGCACUUCGUCUCCGGGAACCUCGACGGCAGAAUCAUGGCCGUCGGCGGGAGUCUGGACGGGCACGGAGGAGGAGAAGCGACGAAGGACGUCGAGUCGUACGAUCCGGAGAGCGACACGUGGAAGGAGUCCGCGAAGCUCCCGAUGGUGCUGGCGAAGUACGACUCCGCCGUGGUGGGGAGAGAGAUGCUGGUGACGGAAGGCUGGGCGUGGCCGUUCAUGUUUCCGCCGAUGGGACAGGUGUACGAUCCAGAUGAAGACACGUGGCGAGAGAUGAGCGGCGGGAUGAAGGAAGGGUGGACGGGCGUGAGCGUCGUGAUCCGUGGGAGGCUGUUCGUGAUCUCGGAGCACGGCGAUUUUCCGAUGAAGGUUUACUCUUCGGACGACGACACGUGGACGUACGUGAGUGGGGAGAAGCUUCCCAGGGAGGCGAUGCGGCGUCCUUUCGCGGUGGCGGGAGUGGAAGACCGGGUCUUCGUGGUGGGCGAAGGGCUUAGCGUGGCGGAAGGUAGAGUGAGCGAGGGGCAAAACGGGGAGUUCAGUGUUGUGUGGAGGAUGAUGAUCACGUCGUCUCCUCAAGCUCGUGGUGCUCAGUUUUCACCUGCUAGUUGUCACGUGCUUUAUGUCUGAUUAUAUAAUACUUGUCUCAAGGACUUGAGUGUAUAUGGUUGAUUCGCUUGGCUUAGUUACGUGAAAGGUUUACACGAAUUAA